UAUUCUCCCUUACCUCCACUUCUCACAUGCUCCACUGAUUACUACCACCACCACCACCACUCUUCCUUCUCUGUUUCAUAUAUUCUCUAUCUCACCCCCGCAGUCGCAACAACACAAUCAGAGCCAUCUAUGGCGGCAGCUAUCUUCGCUCUCCUCGUUGUUGUCCUCCUUGCUCCCGCCACCACUGCUUUUAACAUUACCAAAAUCCUUAAAAAACACCCUGAAUUCUCCACCUUCAAUCAAUACCUUACAGAAACACAUCUCGCUAAUGAGAUCAACCAUCGCCAAACUAUCACUAUCCUCGCCCUCGACAACUCUGCCAUGUCUUCCCUUCUCUCUAAGGGUCUUACUCUUUUCACUCUUCGUAAUGUGCUCUCCCUCCAUGUCCUUGUCGACUACUAUGGCGCCAAAAAGCUUCACCAGAUCACCGAUGGGACAACGGUGACAGCCUCAUUGUUUCAGUCGUCAGGCGACGCAGACGGCAACUCAGGGUACGUGAACAUAACAGAUAUGCACGGUGGGAAGGUAGCGUUCGCACCGGCAGACACGGGUGACUUGAACUCCUUUUUUGUGAAGACAUUGGUAGAGAUGCCUUACAAUUUAUCAGUGAUUCAAAUAAGUGCUGUCCUUGAUUCUGCAACUGCUGAGGCCCCAACACCUGAGCCCAGUAAAGUUAACUUGACUUCAUUAUUAGCUGCUAAAGGUUGCAAGGAAUUUUCUCGUUUGCUAUCCUCUACUGGCGCUGACAAGACCUUCCAGGAAAACAUCGACAGCGGAUUAACAGUAUUCUGCGCCGGCGACGCGGCCGUGAAAGCCUUCAUGCCAAAAUUCAGGAACCUAACAGCAGGCAACAAGACAGCAGUACUAUUAUACCACGGUGUCCCAGUAUUCAACUCAAUGGCAAUGCUUAAAUCCAGCAACGGCAUAAUGAACACAUUAGCAACUGACGGGGCAAACAAAUACGACUUCACCGUACAAAACGACGACGAAACCGUAACAUUAAAAACAAAAGUAGUAACAGCAAAAAUAACAGGGACCUUAGUAGAUAAAGACCCUGUUGCAGCUUAUAAGCUUGACAAAGUUCUUUUACCACGUGAGCUGUUUAAGAAGUCAGCUAAACCUGACUCAGCUCCUGCACCAGCUCCAGAAGCCGAAGAUGCGCCGAGCCCUGUAGCUGAUGGACCCACAUCUGAUGAUGAUGAUGAUGAUGAGGUGGCUGAUCAGAGGGCUAGGCGUGGUAGUAGGAAUGAUGCUGGAAAGAUCAACGGUGGAGGAUUACUUGCUGUGGGGCUUGCUUUGUGCUAUUGUGCGCUGGCCGCGUUGUGAAUUUUUUAAUUAUGAAAAUAUCGGACAUUGCUACAUCUACUCGGUGAGUAACACUACUAAUAGAAGUAUUAAAAUAUUAUUAAUCAUGUGAAUGGAUUCCACUAUCAUCACUUACCAUUACUCUCUGGUGGGUAGACGGAUUAUUUUCCGAAAAUAUCGAAGGUGUGAUAAUGACGUGGAAAUUAGAGUUGGAUUUAGUGAAGUGAAGGUGGGUAUGAGCUGUAUGAAAUUUUGGCAAUGUCUGAUCACCGACGAUUUUGGGUUGAUUAAUCAUAUGAUUUAUUUUUGAUUAUUUUUGUGUGUAAUGUUAAUAAUUGGCCCACAUGAAGGUUCACUUGUAUAAUUACGAUUCUUUUGGGUUUUAUUAUUUUUUUGGUUUGGAGGGUUGUAAAAUAUGUUGUUUUAUGAAAUCAAUAAAUCGCACAAUUAUUUGUUUUA